AUGGGUUUCACCGACUUCGUCUCUGAGGCUGGCCUCACCCUUGCCAACAACUACCUGGCUAGCAGGAGCUACAUCGUUGGCGAUGCUCCUUCCCAGGCCGAUGUUGUGACCUUCAAGGCCUUCUCUGGCGCCCCUGACGCUGAGAAGUACCCUCACGUUGCUCGCUGGUACAAGCACAUUGCUUCUUUCGAGGCUGAGUUCUCCAGCCUCCCUGGUGAUGCCUCCAAGGCCUACACUGCCUAUGGCCCCGAGGCCACCGAGCUGCCCACCAACCCCAAGGACAAGCCCGCUGCUGAGGACGACGACAUGGACCUCUUCGGCAGUGAAUCGGAAGAGGAGGACCCUGAUGUUGUUGCCGCUCGUGAGGCUCGCCUUGCUGAGUACAAGAAGAAGAAGGAGGGCAAGGCUAAGCCUGCUGCCAAGUCCAUUGUGACUCUCGAGGUUAAGCCUUGGGAUGACGAGACCAACCUCGACGAGCUCCUCGAGAAUGUCAAGGCCAUUGAGAUGGACGGUCUUGUGUGGGGUGCCUACAAGUGGGUUCCUGUUGGUUUCGGUAUCAAGAAGCUUCAGAUCAACCUUGUCAUUGAGGACGAGAAGGUUUCUCUGGAUGAGCUUCAGCAGCAGAUUGAGGAGGAUGAGGACCACGUCCAGUCCACCGAUGUCGCCGCUAUGCAGAAGCUGUAA